AUGUUUCCGUUCAACAACACUCCCAGAUUUCACCGUCCGAUGAGGCGCCACCAGCAAAAUCAAGAUGACCACAGCCAUGCUGAGGCUUCUACCCAGACCGGUAACCCCGCGGUUAACCCGACACUCCCUCCCUUCUUCUUUGAGGGUCCCACCCUACCAGAUGAACAGCGCCCUCCCCGGCCCUGGACCUACCAUCUCAACAGGGCACUAGAGGAUUCUCUAGCGGAGCCUCUUCUAACUCCCGCGGACCUAGGAGAGGAACUCGAUGAUGAUCCACUUCUUUCUGAUCCUGCCAUCGACACAAGCAUUGUGGAGUUUUGUCCUCUCUGUGGGGCUGAAGACAGAGAAGUUCCGAUCUUUAUGACCACGCUUCCAUCUGUUCAGGAGGCAGUCCGGCACAUAGCCCAAGAGAAUGAAAGUGUGCCUUACAGCGUCACCAUUAUGGAAUGUGUUUCAGCUCUCUUCUCUAUUCAAGCAGAGUUCACGGAGCUUCUGCGCCGUUAUCAUCACACCCUCCACGAGAAUCAAAAUCUGCUUCUUCAGCUUCGAUCCAUCGUCGGCCCCAACAGAACUCUGAGCCUUAGCAGACAUAUCAACCACUUCAUUCCUCUGCGACGCUACCUCAUCGUGAAUGAGUUCGAGAGAAUGGUCCGAAGAGCGACCGCGAUUAGAGUCGCAAGAAUACAUGCCCUUCAGCACCUGAGCCAACCUCGCAGUUAUCACCAUGAGACUGUACCGCAGAAUUCCAACUCUGAACCUGAGAGUUCUAACGCUGACGCUGAGUUCGACGGAAUCAUGCGCCAGGCACCACAUACGGAGACCUUUUUGAGCAUUCCCCCGCUCACCCCGAAACCCCCCUCUGGCAAUCCUCCCCCAUACGACCGGAUCUUUGUCCGCUGUCAAGAGCCCCUUGAGCCCUACCAGCCCCAUGAGCUCUAUGACGUGCAUGCACGUCGGGGGCAGCUUCGGACCGGCACAGUUCAAGGUCCAUUCUACCGGGGCACUCCGCCGUUCCCUGGCCAGGAGCCCAUCCAGGCUCACUCUACGCGCCCUGACCAGGCGCGUAGAGUGAACCUGGACCGAGUGCGCGCCACUGGUAGGCGCAUCCAGAGCAUGGUCCGGCCUCGACCACGGGAUCCUCCACGCCAACAUGUGGAUGAUCCCGUGGACGAGGACCUGAAGGCCACCAUGCGGGAGCACGAGAGAAAUUCUCGUGGAAAGCCUUGA